AUGAAUUGCUUUUCAUGUUUUUAUUUCCAUGAAAAGAAAAAACUUCCCGGAGAUUCAGAUAAAACUGGUCGGAGAAAUGGUGAGUUGACCGGUAGAGACAACAACAAAACUCACCCUGAGAAUCCAAGACCUAAUAAGACUGGGGAUGAGCAGAACAAGAACAAUGAUGCAGACAAAGAAAUGACAAACAACAUCGCGGCGCAAACAUUCACCUUCAGGGAGCUAGCUACUGCAACCAAGAAUUUCAGACAAGAAUGUCUGAUCGGUGAAGGCGGUUUCGGAAGGGUUUACAAGGGAAAACUCGAGAAAUGCGGCAAGAUUGUGGCAGUGAAGCAAUUAGAUAGAAAUGGACUUCAAGGGAACAAAGAGUUCAUCGUAGAGGUGUUGAUGUUAAGUCUUUUGCAUCACAAGCAUCUCGUGAAUCUCAUUGGUUAUUGUGCUGAUGGAGAUCAGAGACUUCUCGUCUAUGAGUACAUGUCUCGUGGUUCACUCGAAGAUCAUCUCCUAGAUCUAACACCUGACCAAGUACCAUUGGAUUGGGACACAAGGAUAAGGAUCGCGCUAGGAGCUGCAAAGGGUCUUGAAUACUUGCAUGACAAGGCAGAUCCUCCUGUGAUCUACAGAGAUCUCAAGGCAGCUAAUAUCCUUCUGGACAGUGAGUUCAACGCCAAGUUAUCCGAUUUCGGACUAGCGAAGCUAGGCCCUGUCGGGGACAAACAACAUGUGUCAUCCAGAGUUAUGGGAACUUAUGGAUACUGUGCUCCUGAGUAUCAGAGAACCGGUCAGCUAACCAUUAAAUCUGAUGUUUAUAGCUUCGGAGUUGUGUUGUUGGAAUUGAUAACUGGACGAAGAGUUAUUGAUACAACUAGACCCAAAGAUGAACAUAAUCUAGUGACUUGGGCACAACCGGUGUUCAAAGAACCGAGUAGAUUCCCGGAGUUAGCGGAUCCGAGUCUUGAGGGAGUGUACCCGGAGAAAGCUCUGAAUCAGGCUGUGGCGGUAGCAGCAAUGUGUUUACAGGAAGAGGCAACAGUAAGGCCACUAAUAAGCGACGUUGUGACGGCUCUUGGUUUCUUAGGAACUGCUCCUGAUGGCUCAAUCUCUGUUCCAAACUACGACGACAUGCCUCCUCCUCCUCAGCCCUCGGAUGGAACGUCCUGUGACGAUUCUGCGGCCGCGGAAGAACGGGAAAGAGCCGUGGCAGAGGCAAUGGAGUGGGGAGUUGCUUCGAGAGCACAUUCCCGGAACCCAAGUGCAGCACAUUCCAGGAACCCAAGUGCUUCUUGA